AUGGGAGAGAUAGAAGGAACAUACAGAGUCCUGCAGACUCCCGGCUCUCGUUUGGGUGUCCAGAAGAACGGAGUGAGUACCUUGGAGCCGGGACAGAACCUCUCUUCUGCAAUGGCAUCAUCGCCUGCCAAAACGCACGAGCGGGAUCUACCGAUCAAAAUAAAGAUGUUGGACAACACGGUGGAAGUACUUGACAUUGAGUCAAAAUAUUACGGCCAGACAUUAUUGACAGAAGUUUACAAGCAUCUGAAUUUGAUUGAGUCGGACUACUUUGGGAUUGAGUUCCAGAACAUCCAGUCAUAUUGGAUUUGGCUGGAACCUAUGAAACCUGUUAUUAAACAAGUACGGAGACCAAAGACUACAAUGCUUCGUCUAGCUGUAAAGUUUUUCCCUCCAGACCCGGGUCAGUUGCAAGAGGAAUAUACUAGGUACCUGUUUGCAUUGCAAAUCAAGAGAGACUUGGCAGAGGAACGACUGACCUGCAGCGACAAUACGGCUGCUCUUCUGGUCUCUCACCUUCUGCAAUCUGAAAUAGGGGAUUUCGAUGAAUCAGAGGAUCGAGAACACCUUAAAACAAACCAGUAUUUGCCAAACCAGGAAAGAAUCGAAGGAAAGAUUCUGGAGUUCCACAGGAAGCAUGCGGGUCAAACUCCUGCUGAAUCAGACUUUCAAGUGCUUGAAAUUGCUCGGAAACUGGAGAUGUAUGGCAUCAGAUUUCACCUUGCAUGUGACCGUGAGGGCACCAAAAUUAAUCUAGCUGUUUCACACAUGGGUGUGCUGGUAUUCCAGGGUAAUACGAAAAUCAAUACCUUCAACUGGUCAAAGGUCCGUAAACUAAGCUUCAAGAGGAAAAGAUUCCUUAUUAAACUCCACCCAGAGGUCUGUGGCCCGUAUCAAGAUACGUUGGAGUUUCUUUUGGGAAGUAGAGAUGAGUGUAAAAACUUCUGGAAAAUCUGUGUUGAAUAUCACACGUUCUUUAGGCUCUUUGAUCAGCCAAAGCCAAAGGCUAAAGCAGUGUUCUUCACCAGAGGGUCAUCAUUCAGAUACAGUGGACGAACACAGAAGCAACUAGUGGAUUAUAUUAAGGACAGUGGGAUGAAGAAAACCCCAUAUGAAAGGAGGCACAGCAAAGCCAGAGCGUCCACUCGCGCUUCGAACACCGAUGUGCCAAAACAGAGUGUCCCAUUCAUUGAGGGCUUGAGAACCCCCGGGUCUCCUGCCUCAGCAGCUGCCCCCUUCCACUCAGUUCACUCAUCGGCCACUCCUACUCCUGUCCUGCCCAUCUUUGCAGAAACCAGCCCUUCCUCUUUGGAUCCCCGAGCACCAUACACAAGGCUUCCAGAAAAAAACGGUGCAGCACCAGCAGAAGAAGCGGGGAGGAAACUGAUGCAGCAGCCUGGAUCUGCCAUGCUUCAAGGCCUGCCAGUGGACCAUCCUCAGCUCUCUUCCCUCGUGCUGAAGAGUCCCCUGGGCUUGAACCCGGCGUUUCAGGUGAACUUGAACGCAGCCAGCCAGGGUUCAUCUCCUCUUCUGAGUCCUGUCCUCAGUGAUGCUGGCAGUGCCAGGAUAGAAGAGGAUGACGAAAUGAAACGUAAGCGCUAUCCAACUGACAAGGCAUACUUCAUAGCAAAGGAGAUUCUUGCUACAGAACGGACGUAUCUAAAGGACUUGGAAGUUAUUACAGUGUGGUUUCGCAGCGCAGUCAUCAAGGAGAACGCUAUGCCAGAGGGCCUGAUGACGUUACUCUUCUCUAACAUAGACCCAAUUUAUGAGUUUCAUCGAGGCUUUCUGAAAGAGAUUGAGCAAAGGCUGUUGCUCUGGGAAGGAAAAACCAAUGCUCACAUGAAAGGAGAUUAUCAACGCAUUGGAGAUGUCAUGCUCAGGAAUAUGCGUACUCUAAAGGAGUUUACCAGUUAUCUGCAGAAGCAUGAUGAGGUCCUGACAGAACUGGAGAAAGCAACUAAACGCCUAAAGAAGCUGGAAAUGGUUUAUAAUGAGUUUGAGCUGCAGAAGGUUUGCUACCUGCCCCUCAACACGUUUCUGCUCAAACCAAUCCAGAGACUGAUGCACUACAAGUUGAUCCUGGGGAGGCUUUGCAAGCACUACACGGCAGAGCACCGGGACUUUGCAGAUUGCCGGAAUGCGCUGAAGGAGGUCACAGAAAUGACGUCUCAGCUGCAGCACAGUCUCAUCCGCCUGGAGAAUUUCCAGAAGCUGACAGAGCUGCAGCACGACUUGAUUGGUAUAGAUAAUCUCACGGCACCUGGUAGGGAGUUUAUCCGGGAAGGUUGCUUGUACAAGCUCACUAAGAAGGGUUUACAGCAGCGGAUGUUCUUUCUGUUCUCAGAUAUGUUACUGUACACGAGCAAAGGGGUUACAGGGACAAAUCAGUUCAAAAUUCACGGACAUCUUCCUCUGCAUGGCAUGCUGCUGAUAGUGCUCGACCCACCGGUGGAGGAGAGUGAGAAUGAAUGGGCCGUCCCCCACUGCUUCACCAUCUAUUCAGCGCAAAAAACCAUAGUGGUGGCAGCAAGUACCCGCCUGGAGAUGGGGAAGUGGAUGGAAGACCUAAACAUGGCAAUUGAAAUGGCCAAGAAAUCUACUGAGAAAUCUGACAUGCUUCUGGAAAACUCAGUAUGCAGUCGCUCCAACAGAUCCUCUGAUGAGGUCUCUCUAGAACAGGAGUCCGAAGAUGACAUACACUCUUCUCGUAGCUCCUUGGACAGGCAGAGCCACCACCGUGCCAACACAACCAUGCACGUGUGCUGGUACCGCAACACGAGCGUCUCCAUGACUGACCACAGUGUGGCUGUCGAGAACCAGCUCUCCGGAUACUUGCUGAGAAAGUUCAAGAACAGCAACGGCUGGCAGAAACUGUGGGUCGUCUUCACCAACUUCUGCUUGUUCUUCUACAAAACGCACCAGGACGAUUAUCCUUUGGCCAGUCUCCCGCUGCUUGGCUACGCAGUCAGCUCCCCUGUAGAGGCAGACGGCAUUCAGAAGGAUUAUGUCUUCAAGCUGCAGUUCAAGUCCCAUGUGUAUUUCUUCAGGGCUGAGAGCAAAUACACCUUUGAGAGGUGGAUGGAGGUGAUCAAGAGAGCCACCAGCUCUCCAGCCAGGUCGAGCCUGCUGCUUCCAAAGGACGAGAAGGACACUCACACAGACUGAAGCGGGGCAGAGCUGGAUCUGCUGUGAACAUCAACAAAAGAGGCAGGUGGAAACAGGAGUCUCUGGAGUUGAUGAAGCAAAGAACCAGGAAGCUCAUUUCCACCUGGUACGGAAAGUGGGAGCGAGGGAGUUGCAGACGGGGAUCACAUCCAUUCCCAAUGGUGUGGAAGAGGGUCAAGUCUGUUCCAGUUGAACCUACUUAGAGAGAACCUAACAACCGCAGAGCUCCGGUGUGCACACAUCGUGGAAGGUUUAUUGUUCCGGUUGUACCUGUACAGUAACACCCUUGCCUGCCCUGAAGGCAAACGCCACCUUGUUUUUACAUUUUGACUGGAUGCUCAGCAUACAUGGAAGAAAAACAGCAGCUGUCAGCGGUGCGAUUGGCUCACGGCUGCUGGUGCCAGGGCUUGCUGGCUCCCAGAAGUUCCCUUCCCCUGCUGCUCGGCAUGGCUGGCUGUAUAACCGCUGUCUUGCCGCUGUUAACGUCAGCCUGCUGGCACGGUCACACUAACAGGGGAUCCACGGAUGUAUCAGCUUAAACACAGUUCAUUUUGAACAGAAACUGCAGCUCUCGUAGAACAGCUCUGCUCUUUGGAAACUGCCAUGGCAGCGAUUUUCCAGGGGAAGCGGGAGGACUGAACCUCUGCUAAGCUGUUGAGGUUUCGGUAUAUUGUGGGUCGGUACAGGUAGGGUGCGUGGUUUUUCCUCUGAACUCUGCUGUGGCGCACGCUGAGAGGGUCAAUCGCUGUUCUCGUAUCACAGCUCCAGAGUUUCUUUAUCCUGUAGUAGGCAUUACUUAAGACAUGGGAGGGCAAACACACUCUCCACCCGUAUGUGGGUGAUGUUUUCAAGGCAUUUAAGCAAUACAGGAGAACAAGCUUCUCUGAAGGUCACUGUUGCUUGUGCUUCUGUGUCACGUAAAGACUCCUGAACAUCCCUCUCCUUACCUUUAAAUUUGGGGUGGGAUCCAUCUUCCGUUUCUCAUGAAGGUGUAAAAGUCACUGGAUUCCAGAUGGAGCAUUAGUGUCUGUGGACUCUAUUAAAUCUCUGUAUUGAAUCGGAAAUGUCGGCGUUUGUUCUGUUUUUGUAAAGCUGUCACCUUUGGUUGCCUCCACGGAAGGACUGAGAUAAGCUAAGUGCCACAAAAUGCUGUUGGAUGUGGCUUUGAUGGGCUCUAGGGACUCUGCUUUUAUAUUAGAUAGCAAAGUAUUUCUGUACUAGAAGAAGGAACAAUGAAGUGGUGUAGUGAAAGAAAAAGGGAAGUGUUGCAUGUUGUGAGGAUGGAGGAAUGUGGAGAUCCCUGUGAAAACGGGAGGCGCAGAGGCCAGCAUGUGCAUUCUCCGAGGCUGUUUCAGGUUAUGGUCUAAAACAUGUGCGGGAUGAGGACUGCAGGGAGGGGGUUCCAGAGGGAUUUUCCAGACCGCUCGCUUGGCAUUUGCAUCCUAGAGAAGACGAGUGACUGCAGAUCCAGCCUUCACUACCACUGUCACAAUGACCAUUGUCCCAUGUAAGUUAAAUGUACUUAAUUUAUUAGUGUCUUUUUUUUUUUAAUUAACUGUUGUAGGUGUAUACAUGUGGAUUGACUAGAUAUGUUAUAACGCAGCUGAAUAUGACUGUUGAAAGUAAAUAGCAU